AUGCUGAGCCCAGAGAGAAAGGAACCACGGUUGCGGUCGCUUUCCACGAAUGUCAGCACAAGUGAAACCAGAUAUUUCGUCGGUUCGCAUCGAUUGAAGCGAAAACGCUCGAAAACGUCGAUGUCUCGCAUUCGCCAGCACACCGCAGAGGUGUCACGACGUGCAUUCCACUGGACACGGACACUGCGUAAUCUACGUGGUCGAAGGGUAGCGCAGCGCAUUGACGAGCAGUGUCGAACGGCCUUUCCUGUGGCAUUCCUAGUAUUCAAUCUCGGCUACUGGACGUUCUAUUUGGUUUACAGCUGA